GUGUUUAUUGACAGAUUUAGGUACAACGCUAACAGAGCAGCUCAGGUCCAGAGCAAACUCAAACUGUUGGAGAGACUACCUGAACUGAAGCCAAUUGAGAAAGAAACUGAGGUCACUUUAAAGUUUCCAGAUAACUUUGAGAAGUUGUCUCCUCCCAUCCUGCAGUUAGAUGAAGUGGAGUUUUAUUACAAUCCAGACCAACGGCUCUUCUCCGGACUCAACCUGUCAGCUGACCUUGAGUCUCGCAUCUGCAUCGUCGGUGAAAACGGCGCUGGUAAAUCGACCAUCCUCAAACUGCUCAUGGGCGAGUUGACGCCGGUCAACGGAGUCAGACAAGCUCACAGGAGCUUGAAAAUCGGUUACUUCAGUCAGCAUCACGUGGACCAGCUGGACCUGAACGUCUGCUCUGUGGAGCUGCUGCUCAACAGGUUCCCUGGUCGGACAGAGGAGGAGUACCGCCAUCAGCUGGGAGGCUACGGGAUCACCGGAGAGCUCUCCACGAGGCCGGUGGCCAGUCUGUCGGGAGGACAGAAGAGCCGGGUGGCCUUCGCACAGAUGACCAUGCCAUGUCCGAACUUCUACAUCCUGGACGAGCCGACCAAUCACCUGGACAUGGAGACCAUCGAGGCUCUGGCUAAAGCUCUCAACAAGUUCAAAGGCGGGGUCAUCCUGGUGUCCCACGACGAGCGUCUGAUCCGGUUGGUGUGUAAGGAGCUGUGGGUGUGCGAAGCUGGGAAAGUCGCACGCAUCGACGGCGGCUUCGACGAGUACCGAGACAUCCUGCACGAGCAGUUCAAGAAGGAGGGUUACCUGUGAGCCCCCGCCCACUGCAGGCUGACCCCGCCCACCACUAACAUAAGCCCCGCCCCCUCCAUAACAGCACCUGUCACAGCAGCCAAUCGGCCGUCGGAGCAGACCGGAUGAUGUUUUCUUCUCUGAACUGUCUCACCUCCUGCUUCAGGUGAUGUUCUGCUGCGAGCUGAUUGGUCGGUUUCCGCUCACCUGAUGAGGUCACAGUGAACUCUGGAGGAGGCGCAGUCAUCGCGAAAGAUCUGGAGUUUAUUUAAAAGUCAAACAACCGUCUGUCGUCAGUUUCUCGUCGCUUUAAACCUGAUUUUGUUUUGUAACGUCGACCGGCGGAAGUUUUAUCAGUUUUAAAGGACAAAAUAAAAACCAUCAGCUCA